AUGACGGAUAUCGGCGGUAAUAAUAAUAAAAACGUUCGACCUCCACCCGUUUGUUCUUGUCCGGAUUGGGAACAAACGGGAUCACAAGGAAAUACUCUUUCGAAACCGGAGGGAUACAACGAUAGAAAUUUAGUUUUCGAAUGUUUACCUAAUGUUUCGGUACUCAGCGACGGUUACGGUACUCACGAUAGACCACAAAGUCGAAUGGGUACUCUCGAACGACCCAAUAGUCGAUCAUCGUCGGGCGUGUCUUUCGAUAGAUCGACGAAUAGGGGAACGGUUACGUACGAAAGACCCGUUAGUAGAAAUUUCGAUAGACCCAACAGUCGGGUUGGAAAUCAUUACGAACGUCCGGUGACGACGUGCGGAUCGAAUAAUUCGUCGGGCGGAGUGUAUAACAACGAUAAUAGAAUGAUAAGUGCCGUUAUCAUUGAUAGGCCGUCUUGUACGACGAAUAGAUGCGAUGAUAAUUUAACGGAAAUACGUAACAACAAUCCAUUACCGCAACAUAAUCCGAACGGAAAUCGGGAUUUUGACGGUGUCGUCGGUCAAGUUCAUUCUUUGUGUUGUGCGGAAUGGGAAAACGGUUUGAGACCACAAUCGGAAUGGAAUAUUGAUUUGGAUAUAAGGCAACACAUACAACAAUGCACGUGCACGUGUAAUCACAUGGGAUAUGGAAAUUAUAUGGAUUAUCAGGUUUCAGAAAAGAAAAGAAGGGAAAAAAAACAAAAGAAUGAAAAGAAAAAAAAAGCGCGGAAAAUAAAAAAAGGAAGAAAAAAGGAAGGAAGGAAAGAAUGA